CGUCUCUUCGGCUCCCGAGCCAGCUGUUACACGGGAGAAAGCCUUUCUCCCGUACGUUGGGCGAACAAGAAAGACCUAGACGAUGCCGCCCCGUUCCCUAAAUUCUGAAUCCCCCGCUGUUUUUGAUUCUCACAGGAAGCUCCGUCCUCGAUCCAGCCCUCCCACAUCAUUCGCCGGGUCCGACGGCGGCUGUGCCAUCGACUGGGAGGAGACUGAUUCUGAGUACGCCUUCUUCUUGCGGCACCUUCGCGUCGAUGGCAACUCCUACGUCGCGGAGAUUCCUGUCAGUGGUUGUGGGCCGCGGCCGCCGUUGCGCAUCAAGUACGAGAAAGUCCGGGAAUCAAGCUUUCCGGCGCUCCAGAAGCAGCACCAACGACGACGAAGGUAUCCUGCGGACGAGGCCAAGAAAGGCUGUGAGAGGAGACGUUCUCCUGUUGAAUCCUUCAGCAGGUGUGAAGUUCAAGAUUCUUCCAUCGACAAUGAUUAUCAGAUUUUUCUGAACAGCAUUAAGGCAUAUGGUGGUAAUAUGGUUCUUGAGUGGAGAAACAAUGUCACUAUGUAUGAACAAGAGCCAAAGGUAAAUGAAGAUGUCGAAGGACAACAAAAAGAAAAAGAACCAACUGAAGAAGAUGAAGUUAAAGCUAUUGAAACUGAAGAGUCGGAAGAACAAGAUGCUAUUUGUCUUAUUCAGAUGGAAGGAACAUCAUUUGACAAUUCUUUAGAAUCAGAAGAUCAAAGCUAUUUUAGGGAAAUAUUACAGCAUAAACCAUCAUUGUUCAGGACUGAACUUUUGAGUCUUCUUAGCAAACCGUUCGAUCAAAAGGAAUAUGAAAAUCUGCAAUUGCUAAUUAAUGUUCGCAAGCCUGUUGUUAAAUACAAGCAUUUGCGGGACGAGUCUGUAUCUUAUUCAAGUAAGAAAUUGGGUUCUUCAUAUCUUGAUCAUUACCCUGAUCUUGCAAGGCGCAUUGAAUCUACAAUGGAUGACCGAAAAAAAGAUUUGCUUCUCCGUGGGUUCUUCUUUUGGUUGAAGAACCUUAGUUAUCAGGAAGCCUUCAGACCAUGGAUCCCACCUCUGUUGGACCAUAUAGUCAUAGAUCCAUUCGAGGAUGAAAUGGUGCUCCCACUUCAAAUUGAUCUUUCGGGAAGAAAAGAAGUUCAAACUGGUGAAGAAAGGAUGAUCAACAAUGCUAACACCACCAAGGAGGAAGAAGGAAAAAUGAUAGAAAUUUAAGCUAAAAUAUAUGGAAAAUGGUGAUACAUAUACAUAUCUAUAUUGUACAUAAAACUAGAUGCCGGCUUUCCUUGGUCUCAUAACUUUUUGCCAAGUUUUUUGUAUGCGUGCUGGCUAAACACUCACUUGUAAAGCAGGAUCCUUAGCUGAAUGAAUAUUAAAAGAACAACUCCUGUAAAUUAUAUUUACUAUUGUAGUUUAGAGGUAUUUCUUAUAUAGUUCUUCAAUUU